UGACAUUUAAGCUCAAAGGUCAGCAGAAGUUCAGGCAGCACCAAUGAACUUUAAUGCAAAUGCUCCCCAAAAAAACUUCUCGUUUUGACGACUCUGACGCUGCAAUUUUACAGGAUCUCUGUGAAAAAAGGCCCUGGAGAAUGUUGGAAAGGAGAUACAAGUGGUCCCAAGUUUCAAACCCGACACUUACUUCUACCGCCUUGUUGUUUUGAAAGCAGUCAUCGCCGUCUGGCAACUAUUCUAUGUCACACCAGACUUCAUCACGUGCUGUAUUGCUUUUUGGAACACAGACACAGCCAUCCUGCCCUUGCUGGGUUCUGUGUAAAACUUAAAGUUGGAGAAAACACGUCGAGCAUCAAGGCACUGCAACCGACACCCGACACCACACAUGCACACACACACACCCACACACACACACACACACGCACACGCACACGCACACAAAUAUAGAUCCCCCUGAAUCUCCCUUCACUUUGCUUCUUCCACUCACCCGAGCUAGGACUCUAACUCGCACCGGGAAGCACCAUGUCGGAGCAAUCGACCUUCGACACAGACGUGUGGACGCUGACCCGUUUCGUCACGGAGACGGGCCGCCAGGCCAAGGGUGCGACGGGCGAACUGACGCAGCUGCUCAACGCCAUGAUGACCGCCAUCAAGGCCAUCUCCUCGGCCGUGCGCAAGGCCGGCCUGGCCCACUUACAGGGCAUGGCGGGCUGCGUGAACGUGACGGGGGACGACGUGAAGAAGCUGGACGUGCUGUCCAACGACCUGGUGGUCAACAUGUUGAAGGCCUCCUACAGCACCUGCUGCAUGGUCUCCGAGGAGGACAAGAGCCUCAUCGUCACGCCCAAAGACAAGAGGGGUAAGUACGUGGUGUGUUUUGACCCUCUGGACGGCUCCAGCAACAUCGACUGUCUGGCUUCCAUCGGCACCAUCUUUGCUGUCUACAAACGAUUGACCGAGGGCGAGCCCACCGAGGAGGACGCCCUCCAGCCGGGCAGCAGCAUGGUGUGCGCCGGUUACGCCCUCUACGGCAGCGCCGCCUUGGUGGCCCUCAGCACCGGCGCCGGUCUCAACUUUUUCAUGCUGGACCCAGCCAUCGGCGAAUUCAUCCUCACCGAGAGGAACGUGAAGAUCAAGCCCAGAGGGAAGAUCUACAGCUUGAACGAGGGCUACGCCAAGUACUUCCACCCGUCCGUCAACCACUACAUCCACCACAAGAAGAACCCUGAGGACGGCGGUGCCCCGUACGGCGCUCGCUACGUGGGCUCCAUGGUGUCCGACGUCCACCGCACCAUCGUGUACGGCGGCAUCUUCAUGUACCCGGCCAACCAGAAGAACCCGGAAGGGAAGCUGCGUCUGCUAUAUGAGUGCAACCCAAUCGCCUUCCUGGUUGAGCAGGCGGGGGGCGUGGCCACGACGGGUACCCAGAGGGUCUUGGACGUGCGGCCUCGGGCCCUCCAUCAGCGGGUGCCCUUCGUGGUGGGCUCACCCGAUGACGUCAACGAGUAUUUGGCCUUUGUCCACAAAUACCAGUAGAGAGUGGGAGUUUCUGUGCGUGUUUUAUACUCAGCGGGCCUCCGGACUUCCGUACUUUGACAAAUAAAAGGCUUGGAGUUGGUCUGCUUUUCCACAGGAACUCAUUUUUUCACAAAGAAGAAAUGAGCGUCCAAGUUUUUCUUGGUGAUACAUUGUGGUUGGUUCUUGCCAAUGUAAAAAAAAAAAAAAAAAAAAAAAAAGCAUCUUUUUACGUAAAACUUAAAUGUGUGUACUUUAGCCUACAUUAUUUUUAAAUCCCAUUCUCAAAUAUAUAUAUUUUGCAAGUUGUGUUUUUUAAUCAUAAAUAUUUUGUGCUUUUUAUUGGUUAAAUUUGAAUUGACUUUUGACAAAAUUGUUUUAGUUUCAAUUAAAUGGUGACUUGCUAACAGUUAUGGGCUACUUAUUGUGAAUUUUGUGUAUUUAUCCAAACGAAACUUUUUUUGUCUUUUGACAAUUUCUGUUGUCCUGUACUCAGAGUAAACAUUCUUUGGCGGUGAGUAAAAUUUUCACAUUUUCUUCCUCUUUUUAUCAAAAAUAUAUGUGUUGGUUUUGGCCAUUUGGCAUUUUCAGCAAAAAUGUGUUUCUCAGAAGUUUUUCUUCUCAUACAAUAUAUUUUUGUCUUGGGCUAGUUUGAUAACUUUUGUGUCUUUUCCAAGGAAAGAAAGUAUUGUUUUAUAGCCAAUUGUGUCUUUGUGUGAAAUGGCUUUUGUGAAUGUUUCUCUUCACCCAAUGGUUUACUAAUAAAUGGUGUGUGUGUGUGUGUGUGUGUGUGGGGGGGUGGUCUGUCAAAAUUAAUUUUGGUGGUCAAAUUAAGUUUUAUGUCAAUUUAUUAUUCAGCAAAAAUUGUUCUUCAGUAUUUGUUUUUAUCCAAACUAUCUUUUUUAGGCAAGAAUUCAGAAUUUGUCCUUUUCUAGAAAAGUCACAUUUUUUUACUGUUUCAUUAACUAAUUUGCCGAAAUGAGUUUCUUCCGCAGGGUAUCCGGGCUCUCCCUUAGAGAUAGGGUGUGAAGCUCGGUCAUCCGGGAGGAUCUCAGAGUAGAGCCGCUGCUCCUCUACAUCGAGAGGAGGCAGAUGAGGUGGCUGGGGCAUCUGAUUCGGACGCCUCCCUGGUGAGGUGUUUCGGGCACGUCCCACCGGGAGGAGACCCCAGGGACGACCCAGGACACGCUGGAGAGACUACAUCCUGCGGCUGGCCUGGGAACACCUCGCGAUCCCCCCGGAAGAGCUGGAUGAAGUGGCUGGGGAGAGGCUAGUCUGGGCGUCCCUGGUAAAGCUACUGCCCCCGCGACCCGACCUCGGAUAAGCGGUAGAAAAUGGAUGGACGGAUGGAUGGAUAGCUAAUUUGAAAGGUUUUUUUUCAAAUCUGAAAUGCAAAACAUUUGUUUUCAGCAAGAAAAAGAGGGUUAACUUGGAGAAACAAAAUCCAUCUAUUUGAACGAAGGCUACAAACAGUGUUUCACACCUUUAAUGGAUGACAUCAAAUGUAACAUAAAUUUUAUUUAUUUUUUUUAAAAACAUUUACAAGCCCAAAAGGGUUCCCAUUUACUGAGUAGCAGCAUAUGUACAAAUAAUAAGAAUAAAAGACAACAACUAAAAUUUAUUUCAUAAAAAUUGGCAUUAAAACCAGCGUCCUUUCCCUAAAAAUGAUAAUUUGUUGGCUAAAAUCAAAAUCCUUUGCUUCCACAUGAUUGCUAGUCAUUUGAAAAAAAAUGACUAGAUGGCACUCCGGCUCCAGUCAUCAGACCAGCGGGUAGCUGGCGGCGGUGGCGAUCCCGCAGUGGUUCUUGCGGUCUUUGGCCAUGUAGAUGUAGCCUUUAUCACCCCACUUCUCGCUCCAGCUGCACGAGCGCAAACGGGUCAGCGACAUGACGCUAGCAAACAACUUUAGCGCCGGCAUUUAUCAUCACCCACCUGUUCUUGACGAUCCAGUACUUCCUGCCGUCCACAUCUUGCCCCUCGAAGCCGUAGCCCACCACUAGCACGCCGUGGUCGAGCUCCUCGCUGCUGCACUCUUUCUCAAAGUAGAUGCCUAAAAAAACAAAACAUGUUUGAUUGUCUAGAUCUUUUUCUUUAUAUUCAAAAGCAUGUUUUUAUCCAUUCAUUUUCUGAACCGCUUCUCCUCACUAGGCUCGCAGGCAAGCUGGAGCCUAUCCCAGCUAUCUCCGGGCGAGAGGCGGGGCACCAGCACGCCCACGAGCCUAGUGACGAUAAACUGUUAAGAAAAUGGAUUGAUGAAUAUUAUUGUUCUUCAGCAUCAUUUCGUAAACAAAAGUUAUGACUACAUUGUAAUUUUUUUUGCAUCCAAAAUAUAUAUUUGACCAAAUUUUGUGAUUUUCUUUUCAGCCAAAACUUUUCAAAUCAAUGGUUUUUUUUUCUUUUCAACUGAAACUAACUAAAUUGUGUGAUUGUUUUUAUUUUAAUAAAUAAAAUAAAUAAAUGUA